AUGGCAAGCAAUUCCGGUAUUAAUGAAGAUAAACAGAUUCAGUGGCUUGAAAAUGGCAUCGUUGAAAAUUAUAUUAAUUACUAUGAUUACAAUGAAUUUAAGGAUUUUCAAUGUAUAGGUUCUGGAGGAUUUAGUAAAGUUUAUCGAGCUACUUUGAAGAAUUCAGAUACUGUCAUUGCAUUAAAAUGUAUUAAAAAUAAUAAUCUUUUUAUAAAAGAAAUUGUUAAUGAGAUAAAAUUAUUGCAAAAAGUCAAUCUUCAUGUUAACAUUAUUAAAUUUUUUGGUAUUACUAAAAAAAAAAAUAAUGAAGAUACAAAUUAUUUACUCAUUCUUGAAUAUGCAGAUAGUGGUACAUUGGGAGAAUUUUUAAAAAAUAAUUUCAGUAGAUUAGAUUGGAAUAUGAAGUUACAGUUUGCUAUCCAAAUUGCUGAUGCAGUAUCAUGUUUACAUGAAAAUGAUAUUAUUCAUUGUGACCUACAUUCAGACAAUAUAUUGGUUCAUCAAAAUAUGCUCAAAUUAGCAGAUUUCGGACAUUCACAUAGAUUGGCUGAAGUGUCAACUCAAAAAGACAUUGUUGGAGUAUUACCUUAUAUUGACCCACAAUUUUUUCAAACACAAACAAGUAAUAAUAAAAGUUAUUGUUAUAAGCCAAAUAAAAAAUCGGAUAUAUACAGUAUCGGCGUACUUUUGUGGGAGAUAUCAUCUGGAUAUAAACCAUUUAAAUCUUAUAAUUCUUACCAAAGGAAUAAAUUAUUAUUGGAAAUAUUAGAUGGAAAAAGAGAAACUCCAAUUCCUAAUACACCAAUUGAUUAUAUUAAUAUUUAUACAAGUAUUAAUGUUUAA